AUGCAGAGGUUGCCAUGCACCCAAAGUGACACCGCACAUUUGGAAUGGUUGCCUAAGACAUCCUCAUCCUACGGCGUAGAUCUUUCAUAUGGUGAAGUUUAUGGAUCUGAUUCAAAGGCAUCGCAUGGUGGGCAUAUUUCCCUACAAAAUGUCGUGGAUAUGGAUGAUUCACAUGUAGAUCGCUUUUCAAACAUUCUUCCAUCUUAUAGUUACGGAUCUCCUGCCGUCAGCGAUCCAUGCUUGCCUAUUUUAGACUUUCUUUUUUUCGACCGAUCGGAUAAUCUAGAGUAUCAAGGUAAUCCAAUUGGAUAA